AGCAAUCACUGUUGGUUGUAUUAAAUCUAUGAAAUCUUUUGUUAUUAGACCAGUUGGAGUUGAUGAGAAUGCUGCUGUGCAACAGGCCAUACGUAAUAGCUUGUCUAUGCAUGUCGAUGUGGAAGAUGCAGUUGGUGAUGCUAUCACUGACCCUGAAAUUCUCACAAGUGAUGGUUUCUUGAAUGCAGUUAAAGAGCAUGCAGCAAACAAAAUUCAAGGAGACCCUCGAAACAUUGUUGUUAGCCGAUUAAGCAUAUGGCGAACUGCGCUACCAUAUUUUAGAAGGAAAGGCUUCCUUAGUUCUGCUGGCAUUUUGAAAGUAUCAUUUGCUACAUUUGAAGAGGAGGAAGAUGCCGUAGAUCAAGGUGGCCCAAGAAGAGAAUUCUUCCAUCUACUUCUUGGAGCUAUUGCACGAGACAGUGGAAUAAUGUGUACUGAAAGCUGCAAAGGAUCAAGGGGGUGUUGAUUCUUUUUUGGCUGAGAGUGAGUGGAGAUAUGACAUUGAUGGAUUGUCCCAAACCCUCCUAAUUAAAGAUAAGCUGAUGUUCAUUGAGGAGGUCACCAAAUACUUCAUCAUCAUAAAAUGCAAACCAAUGCUUGAUCAGCUCAUUGAAGGCCUCAAUUAUUAUGAUGUAUGUGGUGUCGUAUAUUUAAUUCAAAGUUUAGUUUAAUUUUAUUUUAUUUGCCUGCCUCCAUAAUAGUGUUAUAGUAGUAGCACUUUGGGGGUAUUAUG